AUUGGAUAUUGGGACAUUGAGCGAAGAGUAGCUAAAUUUGAUGUGUUGCGUUUCGAUAUGCCAGAAAUUGUCCCAAAUAGAGUUGUUAGCUUUACGAGUGAGGACAAGGCAUUUCCUGCAUCCAAUCUAUUAAAAGGAUCAUCAUUUUCAAAAUGGCGUUGCCUUACCGGUGGAACAAAACAAGAAGCAGUGGAAUUCAGUUUCUCAGAACCUGUUGAAAUUUCACGCAUAGACAUUGGAAAUAAUGGUUCUGCUUUUAUUGAAGUGUUGGUGCGAAGAUCUGCUUCCUCUGAAGAUCCGUCGGUAAUUAUCCCGAUUUAGAGUGGGGUUUCCUUUACUUCUUUUUUUUGUUUAUUUUAGGUACUUCUUCCAUCUUCAUCUUUUAUGUCUCCAGUGGAUGCAAAAAAUGAGACUAAUCUGAAUCGUGUCCGUGUAUUUAGUGGAGAUCAGUUCACCAAAUCGGUUGCUAGUCAAAAAUGGGAUAUUGUUAAAUUUGUCUGCUCUCAACCAUUUAACAAAACACUACAGUAUGGUAUUUCUUUUGUUUUCUUUCAUACUCCUGCUACGUCAAAUCCUCAAGCUGAUAAUAAUAAAGAAAUUAAAGUUGAUAGCUUGAUAAGUGAGGAAGAUACGGAUUCACCUGAAUUCAAACCGGGAUCACUCUUUCAGGCUUCACGUCAGACAGUAUCUUGCAGUCAAGAUAGCUCGGAAUCUAAAUCCUCGGUUUCAGACAAACUUAUUGCUGCUAAACAGUCAACGAAUGUAGCAGCUACUGUAAAUACCCCCAAACCACCAGUUCAUCAAGUGAAUCGACAAAAUACUACUCCAAAAGUCAGUAACACUGUUCAUCACCAACCCAACCAAAAACCUGUUUCGUCGUCGUCGUCUUCUGCCCCUUCCUCCUCUGCUUCUUCUUCUUCUUCUAGUCGUCAUACAACCCAACAACCUCCCAAAACACCAGAAACAUCUGAAGUACGAAGAACAGCUAAACCAUCUCAUUCUACAUCGAAUAAACCUUUAUCAAAUGUUAUCUUCACAUUAAGUGGUUAUCAGAAUCCUUUGCGAAGUCAAAUUAGAGAUAAAGCCCUGGAACUUGGUGCAAAGUAUAGACAAGAUUGGACUACGGAUUGUACACACUUGAUUUGUGCGUUUCCAAACACACCGAAAUUUAAUACGGUUAAAGGAAAAGGUAUCAUUGUUUCUGACAAAUGGAUUACACAAUGUUAUGAAACAAAGAGUUGUGUCCCAUGGCGUAGUUAUCGUGUCGGUCGAGCUCCUAGUCCACCAAAUGCUACUUCUGUACAGCCCCCUACUUCUAAUGAUUCUGAUGACAAUGAUGACAGUCAAUCACCUCCAUCACGGUCAACACAACGUGUACCAAGUUUACGAAUGAGAGGUGGUAGACAAAAUACAAGUGAUGAUGAAUGGCAUCCAAAUUCUUCUGAUGAAAAUCCCGACAAUGAUGAUGACGGUGAUGAAGAAUGGGACGACGAAGAAGAAGAAGAAGAUGGAGAGGCGGAAGAAGACAAUGAUGCCGAGGUGGAUUCUUCUGAUGAACUUGGUGGUAGGCGACGAAAGCGCAAACGUGCAACUGAGAAUAAGUCAGCAAGAAAAAGACAUCGUCCCAGUGGUGGAAAUAAUGCUUCCACUGAAGCGAAACGACCUGCGAGAACUAAUAAUCCAGAGAAUGAGGAUACAGACGAUGAAAUCCAAAGAGUAAUGGCAUCAAGUAAUAACCAAGCACCAGAUAAUCCUGCUGCCGCUACUACUACUACUACUACUGUUAGUGAUGGUGAACAGGAGGAGGUGGAUAAUCACGAGAUUGAGAGAGACGGUGAGAACAACAAUGAUGAUGACGAUGAAGAUGAUAUCGAACAGUCAGCGGUUGAAAAUCUUCCAGAUAUCUUCAUUAACAAGCACUUUUUUAUUCACAAUAAAUCAAUACCUAAAGAUGAAGAACGUCUAAUUGAACGUUUAAUUAUUGCAUUUGCUGGCACUUUACAUCAAUAUAUGAAUAAUGAAGUUCAAUAUGUGAUUACACGCUCAGAUUGGGAUUCUGAAUUCGAUGAUGCAUUAUCAUCCAAUGCAAAUUUGAUAUUCACUCGACCAGAAUGGAUAUUUGCCUGUGAUCGAACAGGUCAAUUAGAAGCUUAUGGAUUAUAUCAGGUUAAACCGUUAUAACGGAUAUUUUGGUUAAGUAGUCAUGGUGAUGAAGAAGAUAUUUUGAAGUUAAUUUGUUGAAUGACAAGAAAGGCAAGCAAGCAAGCAAGCAAAUUGGUGUAGCGCGAUUUUUGUCACUGUCAAACCCUUUGUUAAUAGAGAGAACUUCUGUACACCCUGUUUUUUUUUCCUCGCCAUGCUCUUCUCUCUUUCUUCUACUAAAAUCUUAGUGGAGAAGGAAGUUGUUCAACCUUCUUACUUGCUUACUCAUUCUCAUCACUGUCUUCAUCUCGUUUUUCUUCUCUCGCUCUCUCUCUCUCUUGGAUGCUGAUCACUUUUCGAAUCGCCUUUUCGUUGUAGAUUUUGCUCCGCCAUUAUCCUUAUGUACCGGUGUGGUGUGUGUUUCAGUUCUACUGUUUUAUAUUCUUACCAUUUUGAUUAUUGUGUUUUUUAAGUCAUAUAAUUUUGUGUAUAAUAAACAUACAAUAAAUAUAAAUAAUAGAUUGCCUCUGGUUUAUUCACUCAUUCC